AUGUCGUCUACAUUUCCAUAUAUCCUAAGUCACACUAACCAACUAACCAUGGCUACAAAAACAGGAGUUUUCAUCGUGGGCGCAAAACGGACAGCUUUUGGCACAUUUGGUGGAAAACUGAAGAAUACAUCAUCAACGGAUCUUGGAGUCAUCGCUAGCAUAGCAGCUUUAAAACACGCCAAUGUCAAACCUGAUGACAUCGACCAUGUCAUAUUUGGAAAUGUUGUUCCUAGUGCCAAAGACGGAAUCUAUCUCUCUCGUCACAUCGGCCUCAGAAGCGGUGUUCCACAGGAAGUUGGUGCCUUUACCGUAAAUCGACUAUGUGGAUCUGGCUUCCAAGCUCUAGUCAAUGCUGCUCAGCAAAUCAAGCUCGGCGAAUCAAAACUCGUCCUUGCUGGAGGCACAGAAAAUAUGACACAGGUUCCAUUUGCUGUAAGGAAUGUACGGUUUGGAACAGCUCUUGGCAUGAAGUAUGAAUUCGAAGAUAUGUUGUGGGAAUCACUUACUGACAGCUAUGCAAAAUCAGCUAUGGGACAGACAGCAGAGAAACUCGGAGCACAGUACAAGGUCACUAGAAAAGAUGCUGAUGAAUUUGCACUACGAUCCCAGCAGCUGUGGAAGAAAGCGCAAGAUGCAGGAUAUUACAAAGAAGAAAUCACAUCAAUGAAAGUGAAGGGCAAGAAGGGUGAAGAGACUUUUGAGGUGGAUGAGCACCCUCGACCUUCGACUACAAUGGAGAGUCUGUCAAAAUUGAAACCUGUGUUCCAAAAGGAUGGUCUCAUUAAUGCAGGAAAUGCUUCGGGUAUAUCUGAUGGUGCAGCAGCUAUGGUUGUCGCUGGCGAAGAUGCCAUAAAUAGGAACGGUUUGAAACCGCUUGUACGAGUGGUUGCCUACGCUGCCGUUGGCUGCGAUCCCACAAUCAUGGGUAUUGGUCCAGCUCCAGCCAUCCGACAAGUUUUGAAACAAACUGGCAUGAAGAUGAACGAUAUCGACAUCUUUGAACUUAAUGAAGCCUUCGCUCCCCAAGCGCUGGCGGUACAACGAGAGCUAGGAAUCCCUAUGGAGAAAUUGAAUUUGAAUGGUGGUGCCAUCGCUCUUGGACAUCCUCUUGGCGCAUCAGGGGCACGAAUUAGCGUACACCUUACGCAUGAGCUCAAAAGGCGCAACUUAAAGUAUGGCAUAGGAUCAGCAUGCAUUGGAGGAGGACAGGGUAUUGCCGUGCUUUUUGAAAACGUUCAAUGAAUAUGGGCUUGUUCAACUGCAUCGACGAAAUUGGUCUAUUUACCACUUUCGAACGAAAUCGGAACAAACAAUGUGUAUUUCUACCUCUUUGAUUGCUACAAGAAUAAAGAUUGAUAUGAUGUC